GUAAACAGUCAGUACGAGUACCUGUAUGUUGGUAUGGCGGAUGGGAAGCAUCACUGACGCGAGAUGAACGGAUCAGCCGCAGAGUUAGAUUUAGUAUUACGAAGAAUUUCGGAAACGACAGCAACAAAUGGAUUCUAUCGUUGUUGAUUAAUCGUCGCUUUCGUUCUAUAUCUUGUCUUGAUCGCGGUCGGAUCGGAAUGCCCAAGCGUUUGAAUAGACUUUGAACUGAUAGAUACUGUUUGGUUUGAUACCCAAGAAUUGUUGAGAGCAGACAGUGUGUGGUAACAGUAAUAUAAUGGCGAGAAAUUCAACGACGACGACGAUACUGAUGAUUGCCUUUGCCGCUGUGAGUGGAUUCCAGGUGGCGUCCGCAUUUGCUCCCUCUGCAGCGAGAAACACCGCGGCGCGAGCCGCAUCCUAUGUGGCGUUUUCUCGAUUGCAGAAACCGCAGGCAAUGACGCAUCACACAUCGCGCCUUUCCAUGUCGACGGCGACCGACGAAACCUCUUCCCUCGCCACACCCGAGGAAGUCCCCAAGAAGAAGCCCGUCCGACCGGACCGCGUUCUUUCGGGCGUCCAGCCCACGGGAAGCCUGCAUCUCGGAAACUAUUUGGGAGCCAUUGUCCAAUGGGUCGACUUCCAGAACAAAGACCAAUACAACGACGACGGCGAGGUCGUCCCCGUUGAAAAUUUUUUCUGCGUCGUGGAUUUGCACGCGAUCACCAUGCCCCACGAUCCCAAGGAACUCAAGGAGAGCACUCUUUCGAGUGCGGCCUUGUACAUUGCAGCCGGUACGUACAUUUGGGAAUUGGUCCUACACUUAAGCGAGGGCCGUGUUGGUCUCUUUUGCCUUCCUUUCCUUCUAACAGUGCCCGGCACGACCGACUAACAUCUCAUUUAUCGCAUUUGCAUCAAAAAUCGUUUCUCGGCAUCAUCCUUGUCUCCUUUUUCAAUCCGUAUGGAUAUUUUUUUAAAACGACAACAAUCAAAUGAAAAACUACAUCCCAUUCCAACCUUGAAACGAUAAAAAAAAAAUUUUUGAACACAGGCAUCGACCCCGCCAAAUCUAAAAUCUUUGUACAGUCCCACGUUCCGGCCCACUCCGAACUCGCCUGGUUGCUCAACUGCAUCACGCCGAUGAAUUGGUUGGAGCGCAUGAUCCAGUACAAAGAGAAAUCAAAGAAGCAGGGCGAAUCCGUCGGGGUCGGCCUUUUCACCUACCCUAUUCUGAUGGCCGCGGACAUAAUGCUGUACCAAUCCACCAAGGUCCCCGUCGGAGAGGACCAGAGACAGCAUCUUGAGCUGACGCGGGACAUUGUUCGCCGCUUCAACGACCUCUUCUGCAAGGGAAACCAGUACAAAAAGCGCUGCAAGGCCGCGGGCGUGGCCUCCAGGCCGGUCUUUGUCGAACCCGAUGCCAUCAUCCUGAAGGAAGGCGCCCGCGUCAUGAGUCUAACGGAUGGUACCUCCAAGAUGUCUAAGAGCGACCCGUCGGACGCCUCCCGGAUCAACGUCCUGGACGAUCCCAAGACCAUCCGCGACAAGAUCAAGCGGUGCAAGACGGAUUCCUUCGAGGGGAUCGAAUGGGACAAUCCAGAGCGGCCGGAGGCAACCAACCUGCUGAACAUUUAUGCCGCCGUCCAGCCCACCAAGCGGUCCAAGGAGGACAUCCUUGCCGAGGUUGGGGACAUGUCCUGGGGAGAAUUCAAGCCCGUUUUGGCGGAGGCCAUCGUGAACCACCUCAAGCCCAUCCAGGACCGGUACCACGAGGUCCGUUCGGACCCCGCCGCCCUGGAGGCCAUCUUGAAGGAGGGAGCCAAUGCCGCAAACGAGGUGGCAUCCCGCACCCUGUUCAAUACCAAGGUUGCCAUGGGAUUCGUCACCCCGCCAGCGGAAUAAACUUUGCAACGCAAUAUCAUAAUAGCACACCUCGUCUUUCAUACUUUUCUAUGUUUUGUCUACUCUUGAUCUUUCACAACGCUUCAGUGACCCUUUUGUUCGCGUACGUAACAAUCGAAAUUUCACUUCGUGUAGCAAGUCGCUUGAGAAAGAAAUAAUAUUCAUGAUUUCAU